AUGCCGGGAAAAAGAAUUGCAGUGAUUGGUGCUGGAGUCAGUGGACUAGGUGCUAUUAAGAGCUGUCUGGAGGAAGGGCUGGAGCCCGUCUGUUUUGAAGGAAGUGAUGACAUUGGAGGACUGUGGAGAUAUGAGGAGGAGAAUGAAAGUGGCCGGCCAAGUAUCUAUAAAUCUGUCACCAGCAACACAUCGAAGGAGAUGACAGCCUAUAGUGACUAUCUUUUCCCUGAUCAUCAUCCCAAUUACUUGCACAAUUCCAAACUCAUGGAGUACAUCAGGACGUAUGCGAAACACUUUCAGCUUACGAAACACAUUCAGUUUCUGUCAAAGGUGUGCAGUGCAAAGAAGCGCUCUGACUUCUCUUCCACGGGGCAGUGGGAUGUUGUGGUUGAGGCUAAAGGGAAGCAGGAAUCCUAUGUCUUUGAUGGUAUUAUGGUGUGCUGCGGCCUUUAUGCCAAUCCCCUCUUGCCACUCCAUAACUUUCCAGGUAUCAAGAAGUUCAAAGGUCAAUAUAUCCACAGUUGGGAGUACAAGACUCCAGAAAAAUUCCAGGGAAAGAGAGUCAUUGUGAUUGGCAUUGGAAAUUCUGCAGCCGAUUUGGCAGUUGAACUCAGUCACGUAGCUGCACAGGUAUUUAUCAGCACAAGGCGGGGUGCCUGGAUUUGGAACCGGGUCUGGGAUAAUGGGAUGCCCAUGGACACUGUCCUCUUCACCCGUUUUAACUCUGUCCUCCACAAAUUUUACCCUACAUUCUUAAUCAACAGAUGGGCAGAGAAUAAAUUAAACACACGAUUUAACCAUGACAUUUAUGGUUUGCAACCUCAACACAGAUUUCUGAGCCAUCAAGCCACUUUCAGUGAUGAUCUACCCAACCACAUAAUUUCUGGAAGAAUUCUGAUGAAACCAAAUGUGAGAGAGUUCACGGAGACGUCAGCCAUCUUUGAAGAUGGCACAAAAGAGUGCAUUGAUGUUGUUAUCUUUGCCACUGGAUAUACCCUCUCUUUCCCUUUUUUGGAAAAUGAUUCAACAGUUCUGGACGACCAUUAUUCCAUGUAUAAAUUUGUCUUCCCUCCUCAGCUGGAGAAGCCAACACUCGCUUUCAUUGGCAUCCUCCAGCCAGUGGGAGCCACCAUUCCCACAUCAGAACUCCAGAGCCGAUGGGCUGUACGCGUAUUCAGAGGAUUGAGCAAAUUACCUUCAGUGAGUGACAUGAUGGCUGACAUAAGAAAGAAGAGGCAAAAAAUGGAAAAAAUAUUCCUGAAUAAUCCUCGUGAUGCACGCAGAGUGCCAUAUGUGGAUUACAUGGAUGAAAUUGCCUCGGAAAUAGGAGUGAAGCCCCACCUGUUCUCACUCUUUCUGCGGGAUCCGAAGCUGACCAUGGAAAUCUUCUUUGGCCCGUGCACCCCAUAUCAGUACUGUCUGCAGGGGCCGGGGAAGUGGGCUGGGGCCCGGCAAGCCAUCCUGACCCAGAGGGAGCGGAUCAUAAAGCCCCUGAAGACGCGCAUCCUCACCCGUGAACAGCCUCCUUUCUCUGUGCCGUUUUGGGUUAAAAUUGUCGGUGCAGCCCUGCUCCUCUUUGUUCUCACUUUAGUCAUUAUUAAAGGAUAA